AUGGGAGAAGAGCAUGAAGAGCACCUGAGGAUUGUGUUGCAAAUUCUGAAGGAGCAGAAAUUGUAUGCAAAAUUGUCUAAGUGUGAGUUCUGGAAGGAAGAGGUGAAGUUUUUAGGUCACGUGGUGUGUAAAGGAGGGAUAGCAGUGGACCCAUCAAAGGUUGAGGCAAGAUUGAAAGAGAAGUUGACUUCAACGCUAGUGUUAAUUCUACCUGAACCACGUGAACCAUUUGAAGUUUACUGUGACACAUCGUUGAAAGGCUUGGGUUGUGUGUUAAUGCAACACCGGAAUGUGGUAGCUUAUGCUUUGCGUAAGCUAAGACCACAUGAGGAAACCGAUGGGGGAGUUUCAUGGGACAAAGAUGGAAUAUGGGGGUACAAGGGUAGGAUUUAUGUGCCGAAUGUUGGAAAUUUGCGGCAAGAUAUCUUGAAGGAGGCACAUAACAGCGGAUUCUCUAUUCAUGCAGGAAGUACGAAAAUGUAUUACAAUUUGAAGAUGUUUUGGUGGCUUGGGAUAAAGGGUGAUGUAGCUACACUUGUAUCUAAGUGUCUGACAUGUCAAAAGGCGAAGAUAGCGCACCCAAGACCGUCGGGAAUGCUACAGCCACUUGAGAUUUCUCAGUGGAAGUGGAAAGGAAUUGCGAUGGACUUCGUGUCGGGAUUACCAAGGACUAGAGCAAGUUUUGAUGUGGAUUGGGUGAUCGUGGAUUGA